AUGGCAAACUGUUAUAUUUGUGGCAGUACAAAUACUUUAAUUAACAAAAAUCUUGGAAUUAGUUUUCAUAGGUAAGUAUACCAACUUGUAAAAUUAACUACAGUAGAUCCUCGAUUAUCUAAACUUCUGUUAUACGAACGCUGUAUUACCCGAACUACAAUUAACGUAUCCGAACGUUAAAACUCGUUGAAGCACCCGUUUACCCGCGGCCGGCUGCCGAUUUUACAAUUUUCGCAAUUUAUUAUUAGUACAUUUAUGUAUGUACAUCUGUUAGUAGAUAAUUGAGACGCGAUGUUUUUAUCUAAAGCUAUCAAUCAUCAGUGCGCAUUAAAGCGCCCGUAAUAUCAUAAACAUAUUAUUAUGUUCCUAUGUACUUUGUGAUUAUAUAUUUCUGAAUACAUAAUAUAAUUCUAAUAUAAUAAAUAAUAAUAAUAAAAAUAGUAAUAAUAAAUAUAUAAUAGAUAGUAAUAUAUAAUUUAUAAUUGUAUGUUUAAAAAAAAAUUGUUAUUUUAAACAAUUUCCAGUAUCCUAACUAAUUGGGACCACACAUAGUUCGGAUAAUCGAGGUUCUACUGUAUAACAAAUUACUUUUAAUUCAUAAUAUUGAGAAUUAUUAAUAUAUAUUUUUAGAAUACCAAAGAAUGAAGAAUAUCGCCCUCAAUGGUUAAAAUUUAUUAAAAUAUGCGGAAAGAAUGACUUAAAUGUUAAACCAGGAAGUUUAAUUUGUUCUCGACAUUUUGCAUUAGAUUGCUUUAAGUAUUAUAAAAAUAUUAAGUUAUUAAACGAAUGUUCAAUUCCAUCUAUUGUAAUAGAUGGUUUAAAAUCGGUAUUAUAAAUAAUCUUAAUGUGUUAUAAUAUCUUUUUAAAUUAUACUAAUUCAAACUUAUAUUAUAGUGUAAAAAGGAGGAUCAAGAAAUAAAAUUCGAGCUUCCUUCUGAUGAAGAAACUGUGCCUACACAAAUAAUUGCACCAAUAAUUGUAAACUUUACACAAUAUAACAAUCAACUAAAUUAAUUAAUACUAAUUAUGAAUAGUAAUAAGUUAAUUUAAAAUUGUUUAUAUACCUAGGUGAAGAACAACAGUUUACAAAAAGAAAAUGAUCUACCAGUUAGUAACCAAGAAGCAUCAGAUUUUAAUCUCCCGAAUAUUUCUGACUGUGCACCAUCGACAUCAUUUACAACAGAACGUACCUAUCAAAAGGUAUGUAAAAUAUAUAGCUUAUCAUCUUUAUAAUUCAUUCUAAAUUAACACUUUUUUUUAAUGAUAAAAUGCAUGAAUGUCUGUUAUAGAUAAAUUAUAAAGAUUUAAUUUCAAAUAGCUCAAAAAUAAAUGAUGAUAAAAACUUGAAAACUAUUUCAUCUCUUUUACAAGUAAAUUGCAGUCUAAGAAAAAAAAUUAAAUUGCUUAACCAACAAGUCAGAAGACUAAAAAAACGAAAUACCAUUUUAAAAUGUAUAAAGUAGUUGAAAUUGAUAAUUAUGUUAGCAUAACCAGUAUUGUAUUGAUAAAAAUUAAAUUGUUUUAGCUGUUAAAGUUUUGGAGAAAAAAAAAUUUAAUCAGAAUCAAGCAGACCUCAUAGAUUAAAAUGUCAGUAAGCAUAAAAAUCUAAUUACCAUUGCAUGAAAAAAAUGCUGAAAUUGCUAUCACUCUCAAUUUGUAUUCACUAAAAGCUUACUGAUUUGUGAUGAGUUUAAUUCAAUGCUUCCUUGUCCAAGAAUACUCAGCAAGUAGUAUCUACUUGUCAAUGCUAAACCUGGUUUUAUCAAAGAAGCAAUUGACAAGCUUUGUGUAGUUUGAAAAAAUUCACUUUCUCAAAUUUACUGUUCUUUGCUUAUAGAUGAAAUAACUACUUAGAAAACAUAUUGAAUGGAAUGUCUAUGUGUUUCAUGGUUAUAUAAAUUUUGGUUCAGAAAUUCAAAAUAAAACUGUUGAUGAGACUACAGAAUGUUUUUUACUAAUAGCUGUUGGCCUAAAUGGUUCAUGGAUAAUUCCAGUUGAGUAUUUAUUAUUUAAUCAUUUGAACAGUACUCAAAAAGUAAAUUUAGUGAGAUGCUAUAUAGUUGUAAUAUCUGAAACUGGUAUAAAAGUAGUAGGUUUGACUUUUGAUGGCUGUGCUGUUAAUGUGAGCAUGUAA